GUCGUAGAUGGGACUAGACUGGUCCUCUCCGGGAUAGUCGAAACUACUCCGCUCCGGGUUUUCCGAUCGUCCAUCAGCGGGCUCCUCACAGCCUCUAGCAGGUUUUUACUCAACUCCUGUCCUGAUAUCACUCCGCUGGCAUGGUGGAGAAGAGGACCUGAUUGUUGUGAUGGUGGCAGGCGGCAGCCAGUGACUACAGACUUCCACCACUGCUUCAAUAUCCGCGUUUUACGCCGUCUGGGUUACUCUAGUUGCCUUACAACCGGACUACCGAGGGCGCUUGUGCUCUUCCCCCAACUCAGCAACAUCUUCACCGGGAUUUCUUUCAAACCAAAACCAUAUGAGAUGCAAGUUCACUGGGAAACUCCGGAGCCCGUUCGGUUCAGGCAGCAAAACUUUUUCUCAAAGGACAACACCGUAAAACGGCGAGUGGACUGUUGCUGCUGCCGCCGCUGCUCCUCCGCGGGACGGUCGGUGUGUGUAUGACCGCUGAGUGCCUGCUAUCGUUCAUACCUUCACGGUGUUGUUGUUUUUUUUUCUUCCAGCGGAGUUGUUGUUAGCAGCGUGGCAGCGGCUUUAUUGUUGAAUUCAGUUUGGGGCUUGCUCGACUCUCACUCCGACUGGGGCUUAUUUGUGUUUGCGGGAACGGUUUGUUUUGAAACAGUACCGAGGAGGGAAGACGAAACGGCCACUAGCGAGCCACUAACUAACCGUAUGACUGCUAGGCUCGCUGCCCUUUAAACCUUCCCCGGUUGUCGCUCACUUCAGCGGCUUCUGCCCGGUCGUACCUCCCGUCCGCUGCCCGGCUACUUGGGACCUUUCACCGCGGAGGACCGAGAGGGAGAGGACACUAGGUGGUGGAGGUGGAGGUGGCCGGAGGAGGUGGAGGUGGCGGCGGUGGUGGAGACAAGCUUGACGGGGAGAAAAGUUCUUCCAAAAUAGCAGCCACUCGGCCCAGUGAUGGGGGACUUCGCCUCCCCCGCUGCCGGACCCAACGGCAGUAUCUGCAUCAACAACAGCAUGAACCCGGCCGCCGGGAGCGUGGUGCCCGCCGGGGCGGUGGGCAUACCUAAGCACAGCACCGUGGUGGAGAGGCUGAGGCAGCGGAUAGAGGGCUGCCGGAGACACCACGUAAACUGCGAGAGCAGGUACCAGCAAGCCCACGCCGAGCAGCUGGAGAUAGAGCGGAGGGAGACGGUCAGCCUGUAUCAGCGGAGUCUGGAGCAGAGGGCCAAGAAGUCAGCCGGCGGAAGCGGCAGCAGCAAGCAGCCGCAGAGCAAGCAGCCAGAUCCGGACUCUGCCUCCUCCACGGAACAGAGGAAUAACACGCUCAUAGCGCUCCAGGAGACUGUGAAGAGGAAACUGGACAGCGCAAGGUCGCCCCUCAAUGGAGACCAGAACGGUAUCUGUGAUAAAGGCAGCUACUCACCGACCACCAAACGGGUACGGAAAGAGGGCUCUGGUGGUUUGGACUCACUAACAGGUCUCCCCAACAACAACAAUAACAACAAUGUUCCACCCAUCUCUCCACUGCAUCACCAAAUGGACAUUAAGCCCUUGCUCGGAGGGCCAAACACUUCCACCGGAAACACUACAAACAGCAACGGCAACCACGUAGGCCGGGCGUCAGAUGAGUUGGGGAAAAAUGGUGGCAGCCAUCUUCCAGACAUUAAGUUGAACGGCUCGAUGGACUUGGAGGAUAGCUUCGGCCUCCUCAAAGACCUAAAACAGGAGCCUCUAGAUGACGCAGGUGGGAUGGAGUCGUCCGAUCCCCAGUCUCUGUCCAAUCAGAACAAGCUGUUCUCCGACAUCAACCUCAAUGACCAAGAGUGGCAGGAGCUGAUCGACGAGCUGGCCAACACCGUGCCAGAGGACGACAUGCACGACCUCUUCAACGAGGACUUUGAGGACAAGAAAGAGGCCGAAUUCGGCAGGCCGGCGAACAAUCAGACACCGGGCCCGCAGGAAGCAGCCGGGAAUACGACGACACCUGGAGGGGGGGCGGCACAAGCAGCGGCCCUGCCUCCUCCUCCUCCUCAGCCUCCACAGGGGGGCCCACAGGUUCCCAUGGGUUCACCACAGGUCCGACCAUCAUCGUCAGGCCCUCAGUUUGCCACCACUGCCAAUGGAACGCCUCCUCAGCAACCUUUGCAGCAGUCUCCAGCCGUUGCCAUGGCAUCAGGUUCCCCAUUACACAAUUGUGUGGCUCGCUCUCCUCAGACCCCAACCCAGGCUCAGACACAAGCAGUCUCCAGGCCUGGGAAUGGAUACAUGAUGAACCCAGGACCGGGUGUUAGUCAAGCGGGCACGGGACCCGCAGCGGCUGGGGUCCCCCCUGGAGGUCAGCCGGUAGGACCAGUAACGCCUGAACUUUCUCCAGCAGAGCAACUAAAAGCGAUGGCCGCUCAACAACGUGCUAAACUGCUGCAGCAGAAGCAGCAGCAGCAGCAGCAACAAGCAGCUAACUGGUCCCCAGCAGGCCCUCCAACCAGUCCCUAUAACUCUGGUCCCUUUAACCAGGAGAAACCCAACAGCCCCAUGAUGUACCCACCGCAAGCCUUUAACACACCACAGGGCCCUCUAGUGGCUGGCAUGGCCCCCAACAACGGGCCCAAAGCCCCCAUGAAUAACUACCUCCCUCACAACCACAUGGGCAUGAUGGGCCAGCCGCAGCCAAACAGCAUCAGCCAGAACGCCCUGUCCAAGCAGCAGCAGCAACAGCAGCAGCAGACGGCAGCCAUGUUAUCCUAUAACAACACCAAACCGCUGAGUCACUUCAGUGGCAGCGGGGUGGAUCACUUAGGCCAGAGGAUGACCCCACCCAUGGUAGGAAACGGUCAGGUCAAGAACCCUAUGAUGCCUCCCUACAUGGGUGGUGGGGGAGGCGGGGGCCAGGGAGCAGGACCCGGGCAGACCCAAGGGCCAAUCCCGGGGCAGACGGCCCACCUGAGCGAGGAGCAGAAGAGGAUGUUGCUGAUGAAGCAGAAAGUAUUGAACCAGAACAUGCCCUACAGCACCAUGCAGCCUCACGGGCAGGAACAAGGUGUAGUGGGAAUGUCACGACCACCUGGCGCCAUCCCACCUCCGCACCCUGCAGGUGGCGUGGCCUCUGGAGUCGGGCCCAACCAGGGUUCGGGUCCACCUCCAGGCUACGUAGGUAACCAGCAGCAGGCAGCCAUGAUGAAACAGAUGAUGGCGAUGGAGCAGGAGAAGAGGGUGCAGAUGCACAUGAUGGAGCAGCAGAAGCAGCAGCUCUUCAGAGAGCAGAGGCAGCAGCAGCAACUACUGGCUGAACAGCUCCAACAGCAGCAGCAUCUCCCGAGACAGAUGGGCCAGGGCCAGAGGAAUCCCUACCCCCAAGUCAAUCAGUACCAAGGUACUCCUCAGGAUCUGGCAUCCAGGAGCCAGGCUCUCCAGAACAUUCGGGCCGCCCGUCUUCUACAACAACAGCAGCAGAACCAGCAGCAGAUGGUCCAGAUGAGUUCUGUUCAGGGCCAGGGAGGCUCUGUUGGACCCCAAACUGACAUGGGCCUACCCUACGGCAACCAGGGGUCCAACCAGGGCUCCCUGUAUGGGCUCAACCCCUCCAUGAGCCAAAUGAUCCACCAGCAGCAGCACCAGAGCCAAAGCGUCCAAGCCUCCAUGGGUCUUCCACCGCAGCACAACCCUGCCGGAGGGCCACCCCGGCAGGCAGGUGCAGGGCCUGGGGUCGGAGGAAUGCCCGGAGGCCCCGGAGGUGGUGGAGCUGGAGGGUAUGGAGGACAGGGGAUGUUAAUGAACUCCAUGGCCCAGCAGCCCCUCAAAGGCCCUCCUAAUGCCAAAGCCCAGGCACAGAGACUGCAAAGUAUGCUGGGAGCAGGAGGAGGUGGCGGGGGAAUGGCGGCAGGUGGUUGGCCACAGCAGCAAGGACAGAGUCUGCAGGCCAUGGGGGGAGGAGUUGGAAGGACUACAGGCGGAGGGGGAGGGGACAUGGUGGGGUUCAGCUCUGCCCAGGGCUAUGGGAUGCAGCCGGGUCAGCCCCCCAGAAUGGCUAAGCAACACUUUCAGGGUCCAGGCCAGGGGAUGAGCCAGGGGAUGGACCCCAGGGUGGGCAACCCGGCGGCAGGUAUGGGCGGCCCUAUGAUGGGCCCUCACAUGGGCGGGCAGCCCAGGACCAACCAGCCCCGGCCCAUGGUCAUGAACCAGGGGAUGAACCAGGGGGUGAUGGGCCAGGGGAUGACUGGCAUGGGGGGUUUCGGGCCAGGCCCCGGGGGGCCCGGAAUAGGGGCAGGGGGAGGAGGAGGUGGACCUUACGGACCAGGGGGAGUUGGGGUUGGAGGUCAGCCGCAAGGCUACCAGAGGACAGCCAAUCAGGAUAUGUCAUCCUAUGGAUAUGGGGGCGGGCCCUCAGGUGGAGGAGCCUUCGGAUUGGGCGAUGGCUCAGGGGCGGAGCUGGACUCAAGCGAUGGUUGGAUGGAGGAGUUUUUCCCGAGCCAAUAGCUAACGGGGGGAACUGGAGACGAGUUUUUACUGGAUGAACUGAACAUUAAAGUAGGACAAAUGUUAAAACCUGAGAAAGUCAAAACAAAAAGGAGGACAUGAUGUGGACUGGUGACCGGCAUGUUUUUGUUUUGUAAAACAUGAGCAAGGUUAUAAAUUAGUUCAUGUGUUAUGUUAUGUUGUGUGUGCGUGCGUGCGUGCGUGCGUGCGUGCGUGCGUGCGUGCGUGCGUGUAUGUGUGUAUGUGUGUAUGUGUGUAUGUGUGUAUGUGUGUCUGUGUGUGUGUGUGUGUGUGUGUGUGUGUGUGUGCGUGUGUGUGUGAUAGAGAGAGCGAUCAUUAUGUCUCGUGCAUAUUAAUGAAAAACCAACAUAGAGAUUAAGAGGUGUAUUUCCAUUAGUUUCCCUUUUUUCUCCACAAAAUGAGUUUUUCUUGUGUUCCAGUGUUUGAAAGCGAGUCCCAUUUACACAGCGCUUUGAGCCAGAGCUUCAGCAGGGGAUGAUUGAACAUCGCAGGCUGAUGAAGGGGGAGGAAGACUUGUUCUCAAGACAGCAAUUUAUUUGUGUUUGUGUGUUUGUGCCACCCAGCUCAGUGCUUCAGAUCUCUCAACUGUGUGAGGAGCUGAAGGGAGUAGAAAGCACUCUCAACACUCCCAUUUUCUAUCUUAGAUUUGUGCCCUCCGCACACACACAAAUCUGUCUCCCUCUCACGGUUCUCUUCACUUGAUCUCUCUUUCUCUCAUCCUCCUUCCCUCUCUCCUCCCGUCUUUCCCACCCUCUCUCCAGAGAUUCGUUCCUCGCUCUCAACACUCCUUUCUCUGUUUAAAUUGUGAACAUCACAACAGAACAAAUGAUGUUCCUCCACCGCGCCACACGAGCGCACUCUGCCCUCUAGUGCUUUUGCUAAGCAACUGACGUGGGUGGCGUUUUUUGAGGUGGUGGGGGGUUCAUUUCCUGUGCGUGGCUGUGGAUGAUGGGCAUGUACAGUAGAGUAAGACAAAGAGAGUUGAAUGCAGAGAAAGAGGGAGACAAGAGGCAGCUAAAGCAAGCACUUGGACUCAAAAGCUCAGACACACACACACACACACACAUAUAUAUAUAUAUAUAGACGAACCAACAAAGAUAAACAAGCAUCAGCCUGGGAGGAUGAGCGGAUGUGUGAGAGGCAGCUAACAGAGCUAAUAUUACAUUAAACCCUCCGCCCGCAUGAGACAAACCACAUCACACGCAUCAGGCCGACACAAAGCUAAAUGAUCGCUGGGCACCGAAUGUAUUCAAGCACCACAAGUGACUUCUUCUUUUUAAGGAAAAAAAAAAAAACAACAUCAACAAAAAAACAAAAAAAACGCUCAUUGAAAGCCCACCCACGUCGUUCUGUUUGUGGCUGUGUUUUAUCUCUAACAAUGACGCCAGUUGUGUCUGUCAAUAUUUUUUUGUAAAAGAGAGAAAAAAAAAAGUUUAAAUUAGCCUUCUUUUUAGUUCGUGUCGUCUUUUCGAAAAAUCUGUUUGUCUUCCCGUCGCGGCACAAGCCUUCCCUACUGGUUGUCAAUCACCGUCACCUCGCUUUUACAUCGUGGCUUUUUCUUGUACCGCAGCUAUGAAAAAAAACGCCCUCGCUCCAACUAACCGCGCUAUACUGUAACACUACUGUGAAGAAAUGCGAGUCCUCCCCCUUUUCCAGCGCUUUCACUAGGAAAAUGAACCACUGCUAAAGCCUUGAGUUUGUUUUAUAGACUCUGUGAUUCCUGGUUUGAACAGUAGAGAAACUUCACACUGCGGACAAGCUCGACAGUUAGCAUCAGAACAAUCAGUGCUUCCACUGAAGUCUCCCCACUUCUCUGAGCUUACUUCACUAAACUGUAGGCUUUACUCCAAACAUCAUCAACAAGCUGUCCACUCUUUUGCCCUCAUGAGUAAUAGAUAUGUGUCAAAUAGGUUCUAAUAAAGUAGUUGUCGGUGAGAUACCACCUUACUUCUCUAACUGUUUUGUAAUCUCGGUUUAAAAGAUGAAUGAAAAAGUGUCUGUACAUUGCAUUACUUUGUAUUUAGCUCAUCAGAGGGAAAGUUUCGAGGAUGACGCUGUAAUCAACAAACCAAAAAAGCCUUCUUCUCUGUAAACUAACUCCUCGCCAUCCAAACGCAUUUGUUCUCACGGUUGCUGGUGUUGUAGAAUCCAAACCCUUUAAAAAUACAAACUUUAACCACCGCGCCCCUCGUCCUGUAAGUUGCAUUUAGUAGCAACCACGAAUGAGGUUCUGUACUUUGAUUUUGUCACGUUUUUGGGGGGAGUGGAAGUCCUCAAUCUCACUGUCUGGAGUUUUUGAAGGUCGAGGGCGUGAGGGAUGUUUUAGGUUGGAGCGUGCCCCCCUCCUCCCCCAGUUCUAUCAGGGCGAGAUGGUCAAAACAAACCCUGCGUCAGCAUCUGGAUAAACUCUUGGAUUGUUUGAGCUUUCGUUGUGCGGGAAAAGCGGUGAAGCCUCCACUGCUCAUGCUUCCAAAACUCUGAGACCGAUCCAGAACUCCAGGCAGGCUCAAAUAAAAAUGGAGCGAACACUGGUCCAAAUGGAGACAAUGGUAGGAAAACACCUUGAGGUUUAUCACUCUAAACUGUAGACGUGAAGGUAAAGAAACACUUUGUGGGGCAGUGUUCAGGUCACACAAGGUUGUGACUGUUUUUUUGUCUUCUUUAAAGUGAAGGUUCGUGAUAUGGUUUGAUAUCCCUUCAGGAAGAGAAAGGAAGCUUCCUCCAAAUAUCAUUAUGUACCGGGACCAAGUCUGUAGACAACAUUUUAACAAAAAUUGUUGUUGUUGAUGUUCUUUGUUUUAUUUUAUUUGGUUUUUUUUUACUGGUGCUGACAUAUAUGUGAUUAUGAGAAAAAGUAUAUAAAAGAUAAUGGCUAUUUGUAAAUAUGUUUUUACAGGUUUAAAUACAUCAGAUAAUACAGUCUCUACUCUGUAAAGAAUUUACUGUUUGUUGGAAAAUAGAGAAGUAUUUUUAUUUUGAAGUUUUUUGGUUUCACUUUUAACCCAUCUGAGCUAUGCCAUUGCACUUCAGACAAUGUCUUACUACUAAUUUGUAUUGUAAACCUCCUCUCUUUUUUGGAAUUUUUUUCAUUUGUUUUUUCUAGUUUGAGAUUUGACUCUGUUCUUAAGCAGUGCUUAUUUCUUUUUAUCCUGUACAGAAUUCUGAAAUGUUAACAUAAGAGAAUUACAAAAACCUUUUUUUUUUUUGUUUUGUUUUGUUUUUCAAAAAGAUACAAUAAAGAGAGAAUGUUCUCGC